CAAAUCACGGAAAACUAGUGUUGAAGUACAGCCAACCGUAAGAAGGAAUUAGGGUCUCUGGCUGCUUUUACAUACGCUACACUUGUGUGCGGGUGUUGCACUCCCAGAACACACACACCCAGGUACAGGAGCGGUCAGGAACGGGACAGGGACCCGCGAAGGCCGCUGCUGGCAAGGCGAGGCGUUCUCUCCACUCUGUCAAACUUCCCACGAAACCCACGCGGCACGUGGCUGAGCAGGGCUGUAGGGACUUGAAGAGGGCUGCGAAGAUCACUGCGGGGGCCUGCGCGGCUCUCCGGGUGGGGCCUCUCCAACCCACGUGAGGUGGCCGAGGGGUGGCCCCGGCGCCCAGCCUUCAGCCCAGCCCGGCUCUCGGACUGCGCCUCACCAGAAGGCGCCAGGCGUGGGGCCCGGCGCUGCGGGUUCCGGGCCAGGUGGCCGCCUGCGCGGCGGCUCCACGGCUCCCACGGCGAGAGGGGUCCCGCCCCGCGGCCCGGCUCCGCCCCCUGCUCCCAGGCCUAUUUAGCACCAGGGGCGGCACCUCGGGUCACCUGCGGCCCCCAGACCAGACCUCGAAGGCACGGAGGAGGCCCCGACCCGCGCGCCCAGCCCGCCCCGGAAGAGAACGGACCCCUGCGCGCGCCCCAGAGACGCAGCCCCACCAUGGCCGGGCCGCUGACCGUCGCUGUGGCCCUCGGUUGCAUCAGCCUCCUGCACCUGCAGCUGCCUGGCGCGUGCUCCAGCAGCCUGCGCGGGAGCCCUCUGCCUGCGCGAGCCAGGAAGCCCCCCGCCCGGACUCCCAGUGGCCUGCAGCCCCAGCACCCUCACUUACCCCCGCAGCCACAGGAGAGGGCCAGCCUAGCCCCUGCUAUGGGCCGGGCUCUCCAGGACGGUGGCCGACGACACCCAGGCCCCCGGCAACACCUGGGCCUCCGGAGACCCCAUGCCCAGCUCAUGCGGGUGGGCUGUGUGCUAGGCACUUGCCAGGUGCAGAAACUCAGCCACCGUCUGUGGCAGCUGGUAGGGCCAGCCGGCCGGCGGGACUCAGCUCCUGUGGACCCCAGCAGCCCCCACAGCUAUGGCUGACGUCGGCCCUGGACACCCUGUGGGUCUCAGCCCAGCUGGCACAAGGCACCCUGAUCCCAGAGCUGGUUGGUCCCCAGAGCCGCAGUCAGCACCCGGUCCUGCAGCAACUAUGCCCACACGGCUUUGGACACGUAAACCCAUACAGGUGUGUAGACCGAGCCACUCCGCACAGUGUCGGCACACCGGGGGGCUGAGUACCCCAGAACUCUGCACACUCUGGGGACAGGAGCUGGGCAGAAGUGACUGACAACAUCAGGCACCAAAAGGGCUUCGGGUGGGGGGGCUGUCCAAAUCAGAGCGCAGAAGUCAGGGUCCUGGACACACCAGGGCCCCUCUGAGCAAGUGCGAGAGGCUGAGAGGUUCAGUGUGGCCUGCCGUGGGCUUGGCAGGUGCUGCUUCCUGGCAUGGCUUGCCUCCGUGUCUGACCUUACCUGGGCCCAGGGCCUCUCCCUGCCUAUGGCCUGAGGCACGCUGACACUGCUUCUCAGGAUUGGAUGAGGGCCAAGGGUAUGAAGGACCCUUGCAGCUCCGAUUGCCAACCCUGGAGCUCAGGCUGAGGAAGAAGUGCAGACCCCUGUGGGUCCCCUGUGGGAAAUCAGGGAGGUGGCAUAGGGGUUCCAAGGCCACUGCUGAGCCAUUCUGGGCCAAUGCAAACCAGAGACUCCCCUCCUUCCCCUGAGACAUGUGUUUGUGUGUGUGUGUGUGUGUGUGUAUGCAUGUGUGCAUGUAUGUGUGCACGCCAUGAUCGCCUACCAAAACAAAAAAUAGAACAGGAAGACCCAAGGAAGACUAUACCACCUCAGAGGGAGUUGGAGACAGCCAAGGAAGGGUGGGGCUCUACAGGCAACCCACGUGGGCACCCAUGAGACCAUGAGUGGGGAUGAGAGAGGCUAGGCUGGCGCACUCCUCUGUACCCUGCCGUGAGCCAGGCAGGGGUGACCGGCCUUAGCAUCAGCAAGGAGAACCACAGCCAGGACACAGAGCUCUUGGUGCAUGCCUUCCCUGAUGGGACCUUUGCAUGUGUUACGUCCUAUCAUCCCUAGGUCGUGGUCAGCAGAACCCAGGUUCAAAAGGUUUAUUUGUCGCUCAGCAGGUGCUCACAGCACUUAAUUUCCAAGUGCUUGCCAGCAUCACUCUGUCAGCCAGCCUGGCGGAGGCACCUUGGUACCUCAGCCACCCAGUGGUCAGGGGUGUGCCCUAAUUACUGCGACCCUCAGAGCCUCCACCCAGGGUUCCCGGAAGACUGUCCCUUGGGUCCUGGCAGUGCCCCUCUGGGCUCCCAUCCUAUGCUCUCUCUGGCACCUCGAGGGCAACUUGGUCCAGGUGACUUACCUUCCCUUUACUAGGCUGUGGGACUGAGUGGGCCUUAGUGCACCUGGAACCAGAUCAGGUGGUCCCUGGCCAGCAGCGCAGUGAGACGGAGAAGCACGUGUCUGCACCAAGUUUGGGGGCAGCAGGGCUCUCCAGCCAAGAGCUGUGCCGAGGAUGGUGGCCCCAGCAGCUGAGUGAGGCUGGUCCCUAAGAGGCAGUCCAGCUCCGGGUCACCUGCCCUGUGGACACGGAAGGCUGCUGCAGAGGUAGGUGGGCAGUGGUGACCCAGGAGUGAAGGCAGAAAGGAGUCCAGGGCCAGCUGGGCAGGUGCAAGCGCUCAGUCCCGAGACUCAGCUCCCCCGUGCCCUGCCGAGGCUCCCUGUACACAGGGCAGAGUCCAGCCUCACACGCUGCUCCUCAGCACACAGUGUUCCCCCUUCCAGGAACAGCCCCGUCCUGAGUCCUCCAGCCCAGACUCCAGGAUGGGCUGCAGGUGCCCAGAAUUCCACCCGCAAGUGCUCUUAGCCAAGGCCCCUGAGUCUUGGGCCUUCCCCGGAAGUGGCCCCCACUGUUCUAUGCUGUCACAACCCACAGCUUUGCAUCUGAUGCGAUGCCAGCUCCACACCAUGCUCCACUGCCCUGGCACGCCCCCUCUCGGAAUUCAGGAGGCAUGACAUCUACCUCCACCGAAGCCUCCCUGGCUGCACCUUUGCACUGCCUUUCUCACACCACUGGGCACAACCUGUGGGCCCCUCUCCAAAUCCCCUCCAGGCACUGGUGCCUUCUCUUGACUGGACACUACCUAUUUUUUUGUUUCUUAAUCAGGGUCUCAAUAUGUAGUUUAGGCUGGCCUCCAACUCACAGUGAUCCUCCUGCCCGAGCCUCCCAAGGGCUGGGAUGACGGGUGUGUGCCGCCACAUGUAGCAGCACCACCUGUUUUGCAGGCUAUAGCUGUAGUCUCGUGGAGCUCAUCACCCUCACCUCUGUACUCCCACAGGCACAGACAGGAAACAUGACGUAGGUGGGUGUGUGGAGGGUGGAACAGGCAGCAGCUUACCCUCUUUAGCGGUGAGGGGUCACCAAGGCCCCCUACAUCUCACCUCAUACAGCUGCAUGAGGAAUCUGUUGCAUACAGGGUCAACUACAGGCUUCUUGCCCAGAGCUCUGCCCUCACGGUCCAGCCUGUUGGGCUCUCCACUCUGCCCCUUCCUGCCAGAUGGUCACUCACCAGGCAGCCACAGCUGUCUGCUUGGUUCCUGCUGUGUCCACAGGGCCAGCUAACCACGCAGCUCUGUUGCCUGAGUCCUGGUCAGGGGUGCUUGGCACGUGGAGGCCCUCGACAGGAGCCCAGCACUCUCCUUACCAAACUUCAGACAGUGCCCUGGGCCUCCUGAGGACGACACCUGCCCUUGCCCUUGUCCUUGCUGGGCCUGCCUAGCCCUAGCCCCAGACUCCAGGAUGAACCAGGAUCUCCCCACCCUCUGCGUCCGCCCCCCCCCCAUAGGAAUCGCGUGAGGGACUCCGGAGCCCUCCUACCAUUGGUGCCACAACCAUUCCUCACAGGCCCUCGUUCUGCUCAUUGGUUGUGAGUCCCCAGCGGCCCUGGUUAUAUCUGGUCGUCUCCCUGCCCUAUUGCAACGGUCUUGAAUAAAGUUUUCCUUGCGGUCGUAA